AUGUCCUCCAGAAGCGUCUCCCCGAUGUCCUUGAUAAGAACCUCUUGGGACAUCUAUACGGACGAAGUCCUCAAGUUGGGUUAUGGCUAUCCUCUGUGGCAUCCACCGUCGGACGUCCACAUUGGCGAUGUGGGCUUUAUGUCCAAGGGUGGGUUUUAUCGACUCUUCAACGCAUUCGAGGACAAGGACCACCCUUUGAACAAACCCUAUACUCUUAAGGACUUCAUCCCGUUCUCCUACGACGCAUCGAAAUUAAGGAGGCAAGAACGAGCCAUCCCCGAAGACCACCUGUGCAGCCCCAGUAUAAAAAUAAGUCGUGCAGCAGAUCUUCCAGGGACGUAUCGCGUGGAAUGCGCGAGAAACGAGAAGGGUGCUUUCCUCUUCUUCAAGGACGCUGUUUGCGAGGAGAUCCUUCCACACGAAGAACUGACGGAGUAUAUUCAGGCAAACUGGAAAAGCUGGCUCGAGAUUUCAGGGAUGGGCAUGGAAUUGGACGCCAAGGAUCUCGUCUUUGUUCGUGGCCACAUCAAGACUUCCGAUUGGGCGCUUAGCGCGAACGACAGUGCGGAGCGUUGUUCUACGGCUGUUGUCCAGGAGCAGUCCAGUAAAGAUGCAAGCACCCUUUUUGUCAUUGUCAUGAACAACAGUUUCAUGGAACUCCGCUAUGGUCCGCUUCGCAAAGCCAGUACGGACGAAACAGACAGUGGCCGCGUCGAGCACAACCAGUGCCUAUUUUUGCUCUGUGUAUUGUUGGAUGGAGUUGCUGAGCCGGAGCGUGGAUCGUCCAGCCCUUCGAGUCCACAGGAGCAGAACGGGUACGAUGCGGAUGGCGACGUUGAUUUGAAAUGGAUACCCUAG